AUGUCCAAAGACGAGACUCGCUCUUCGUCUGCCGAGGACGAUGACAAGGAGGAGGAAGAGGAAGAUGACUCCCCACCCGAGGUGGGGAGGAAGAAGAGAACGGCCUCCACGAAUCUGGAGGCGAAGGCACCCAAGAGGGGGAAAGGCUUCCGCACGGAUAACUCCGUGUGGGAUGUCGAUAGCAGUCCGGAGCGGCCUUCCCGGGCCAAGCCUCGGGCCGCAUCUCCGGCUCAGGACAGUUCUCCGCGAUCUUCAUCAGAAGGUUCGUUGGACCCCAAGGAGAGGGCCAGCAUGUCACCGCCGCCCGCUUACUCCCCUUCGGCCAAGGGUGAUGACGAGGAAGCGUCCCAAAGGGCCUCUUCGGACCGGGGGAAGGCUCCAGAGAUCGUCAGGGUGGCGCCCCAGGAUGACUCCCGGGCCGCCGGAUAUAUGGGGGAAAAAGCCCCUACAGAGACGGACGACUGCCCUCUCUGGGAAGUUGAAAUCCGUGCUAGUGGGAGAUAUGAUUCGAGCAAUCAUCGAGGCAAAAGAAAGAGCAAGAACUAUGACUUCGAUGAUGAGAAGAAAACAAAGUUCUUCAAGAAGAAGGAGAGCUCCAGCUCAAAAUCAUCGUUAAGAUCUUCCUCAAAGAAUCCUUCCAAGUUCUCCUCCAACCGCAAGAAUACUUGUCGGAAAGCCAAGGCUUAUAUCGUCAAGGAAAUGGAUUCUGAAGAAGAAGAAUCGUCAGGUUCCAAAGAAGAAGAAGAAUCCGAUGAAGAUUCUGACUCCGGCAUGGCUGGCAUAGCAUGUGCCUCCUCUGCUACGACCAACUUCUUCGGGAAUCCUUCAAGUGACGACGAAUCUCCUGCUUACUGCUUCAUGGCCAAGGCUUCGAAAGAAAAGGUAUCCUCCAAACAUCACAAGACUCACUCCAGUGAUCAAUAUUCUUCUGAUGAGGAUGACCAUGAUAAGUUGAUCAAAAUUGCUAAUAUUCAACAAAAUUAUCUUGUGAAAAUUGAGAAAACCCUCAAGAAAUCUGAAGGGUUGUUGGUUGAGGAGAUGGAGAAAAACCAGUCGCUGACCGAAGAGUAUUCCACUCUCAAGUCACGAAUGGAUGAACACUUAACUCGUCAUGAUUUUCUCUCAACAUACCCCAAAAGAUUGACCUAUGAUUACCUAAAAAGGAAAUAG